AACCUAUUGAGAUGCAGGGAAUACUAUAGGAAUCAUUUAAUCCUACAUCUUCUUCUCACAUCUCAAAUGACUAUAUAAAAUAAAGUGAUACAUUAGAAACAUUUAGUAAUUCAGCAUUAAACAAUUACUAAGAAUGCAAUUCUACUCCUAAAGUAAAAAUUAUAUCAAUACAUAGGCUAAAAAAUUAUAAACUAUUCCUAUGAAAAAGAAAAUCAAUAAAGAAUUAGAAUUAAAUAAUAAACAUAAUAGUGGUCAUUGGACGCCAGAUGAACAUUAAACCUAUGUGGAAUUUCUAGAAAAACAUCACACUUCAACCAUGUAAAAUCAAUAAAAUAGAAAGAACAAUAAAAUCUUUAAAUUAAUGUCUGAAAUUAUUGGAACACGUUCACCUUCUUAAUGUAGGUACAAUAAUUCUAAUUAUAAAACAAUAGAUCUCAUCAUUAAAAAUUUAAUCCAUAUACCCCUGCGGGUUAGAAAAGAAUUAAGAAAAACAAAAAAAAAUUUAGUAUGAAUUAAUAAAUUAUAAUAUUAGAUACUGAAACUUAAAUAAAAUUAUGUAACACUAACUAAGUUUUGCAGUAUUUUACUCCAGACCUAAGACCUAAUAUAGGUUUUUAUAAAAUUUAUAAUAGAACUUCUUCCAAGCAUUUAAGAUUUAGAUGAAUAGCAAGAAUACAUUUGUGAGGAAUCCCAAAGACUCAGAAUUCGAAGAUAUUCACUUGAUAAUCUUGAAGAUAGUUACAAUUUCAAUCAGCCUCGUAAAAAUUAAUUUUUUAACGAGUAAUGUUAUGAUUGAUA